CUGUGUUUUAUCUGGGAAAACACAAUUUUUUUAGCAUUUACUGAGGCACGAUUACCUUUUUUUUAUGAGAAAACAAUAUGCCCUUCAUAUCAACGCGUGCGAAAUCCAUGCAAACAUACACCAGCCUCCUAGAUAGAUAUCUGACAAGACUAAAGGCGAAUCCCUAUCACAACACAAAGAAUCCACAGGGAAUUAUUGAGAUGAUGACCAGUGAAAACCCAUUGGUAUUUGAUCUGCUAAAGGAGAAGUUUGAGGAAAAGGAAUCAUAUGAUAUACUGCAAGAGCACACACAGUAUUUUUGCUGUGAAGGAUUAGAAAGUUUUAGAGAAGCAAUUGCAGACUUUUUCAACCAUUAUAUGAAACCUGUGGAGCCUGUUCUUGGAGAAAAUUUGAUUGUUUCUAAUGGAUGCACACCAAUAAUGGAUUCAUUAGGAUAUGCAAUUGCUGAUGCAGGAGAGGGUUUGUUGAUCCCUUCUCCAUUUCAUGGAGCAUUUAUGGUGGAUUUUCAAACAAGGUCAAGGGUGGUACCUUUUCCAGUUCCACUUUCUAGUGAGAUUGGUCCUGGAGAGACUCAGCCAUUCGAACUUACUGUAGCAAAACUAGAAUCUGCUUUGAAGAAGGCAACAGAGCAGGGCGUUAAAAUCCGCGGUUUACUUCUGUGCAACCCAAGUAACCCGCUAGGCACUACAUAUUCUGAAGAACUCUUACAAGACUGUUUAAAGUUUGCUGCAAGGCAUUGUUUACAUGUCAUUGUGGAUGAAGUAUAUAUGCUGUGCGGAUUCAAAGAAGGCUGUUCUGUGACAAAUGUGCUGAGUUUGAAGAAUGUCCCGAACAAGGAGAUGAUUCAUGUUAUGUGGGGUUUUAGUAAGGAUUUUGGUUUAUCUGGAUUUCGCUGUGGUGUUCUUCAUACUUUGAACAAAGAUGUUUACCAAGCGAUUUCUUCAGGAUAUUCGAGAUUCCAGGACCUACCAACGCCCACGCAGAUUCUCUUGACAAAUCUCAUCAAAGAUAAAGGUUUGUUCAAUGUGAUCUUGCCCACCCUUAUUCGUAAUGUUUAUUCCGUUUGCAUAUCGCCCAUCAAUUUAAUUUACUUAAAAUAGCUGCAUUUGCAAUACCUUUCCUAUCUACUGGAUAAAUCUCCAUCCCGUGGAUUGAGCCCUAGGUUGUGUUUAUACACUUCUCCGCUGGGUAGCGAUUUAUCUGUUUGACAGCGUCAUUCGCCCUUUGAUUGACUGGACCUCUUGACUAGUCUCCUUAGCAGGCGUCGUUUAGUCCCGUCAUGCAACACGCUCUCUCCCCCCAUUAACCUUACGGCCCCUAAGAAUGACUAGCAUGUAAUUUCCCCUCGAAAUAAUACCACUGAAUCACAUUAUCAAAACCUAAGGACGUUAUAGACUGUGAAACGAUUUCUCCUUUUCAGCACCUUAGUAAAUUUAUAGAGGACUGUAUAGGCGGAUUCAUACGAAUGAUGAUGCACGAUCCUCGCAGUAGAGAG